AUGAUUAACAUAAACAAGUGGGCUAAGACGUGCAAUUCGCUACGCGAACUUUUGAAUCUCCUUAGUUGCUCCAAAUGCAAAAAGAGUCUCCAUGAGCCUCGGCAGUUUUUAGAUUGCGGUCACGUCUCUUGCAUCUCAUGCACAAACAACAGCAAUAAUACAUGCGUCGAUUGUUUGUUAAAUUCUAAAAAUCAAAACCUUCAGAAAGAUGAGACGAUACACAAAAUCGUACAGGCUUGCUGUACUAUAGCCAACAUUGUUGGCCUCAAGAACAACGAAGAUAUAGGAAUGAAAUUAGAACAAGCCCCGUUAUCUCACAAUGGCAACAUAGCCAUCAGUAAUCCGAAACUCGACAAUAACAUAUUGACAAUACAUAAUAAAUUUAGAGCUAUUCUCUGCAAUCCUAAAAAAAUCAAUAAAAGAUCUCCUAAGGGUGAAACAAUUUUACUUCAAGAAUGUCUAAAGAAUCACGUAGAUAAUGUAAAAGCUUUUUUAGAUGUAGGAGCAGAUCCAAACAUUCCUUGUUUUGCAGGCUGGACACCAUUGCAAGAAUGUGUUGAUUACAAUUUUUAUGAGCUGUCCGAAAUUCUUUUAAAGUUCAAUGCUGAUGUUAAUAAAAAAGGUCAUGAAGGCCGAACAGCUUUGCAUGAAGCAGCCAGAAACAACAACUCAAAUUUCAUACAAUUACUUUUAAGUUAUGGUGCAAAAAAAAAUGUAUUUGAUGAUGCUGGAAAUCUGCCAGUAUCCUACUGUCAAUCCGAAGAGACAAAAGCUUUAUUACACGUUGAUAAAGAUGAAAAUUCACCAGAAAAUAGAAACCUCUUUGAAGUCAGUAAUGAGUUCCCCAGUAUUUCUGAAAGUACCUCACAAAUCAUUGUUUCGCCUUUAAAUAAUAACAAUAGUUUAACAGAAGAUAAAAGCGUUAUUGCUACAAACACUAAUGAAUCUCCAAAAAGCAGUAAUAAAACUCCGAGUACUUUUAAGAGGAUUACACGGAGCAGUCCUUUAUCUAUGUGUAGUACAGAAAAAGAUGAAAGUACUAACUCAAAAAGACAUGAAAACAUCAUUGAAGAAUACAGUGGUGAAACCCUAAGUAUCAUCAAGGAAACUAUGCAAAGCAGUUUUAUUCCUACAAACGAGAAAGAAGAUAAAUUGUAUCUUAACCCUAGUAUCGAAGAAGAAGAAAAUUCUUCUCAAGAACUGGAUAUCGUGUUUGAAAAAGUAAACAACAUUGACCCAAAAAAAAAUUUGAAUACUAGCAGUAGUGUGUUUUGUUCUGAUGAUUCUCAAGAAAGUAUUAUUGUUAUAAGCUCUCAAAAGUCUAGAGCUCUCUAUGAUAAAAAAAAUGUUACUAAUUCAUUACGAAACACCGAAAAUAAUACAAUAAGUUUGGAUAGUGAAGAAAUUAUUGAUGUUGAAAAUUAA